GAAGUAAAACCUAUUUCAGGAAAAUAGCAACUCAAAUGUCAGGAUUACUUAAUUUAAUUUCAUAUUAAUGACUUUUUUUCUGAAUUUAAAUGGUUGUUUGUUAUUUUACGCAAUAUGGAAUAUCAUAGGUACUAGAGCCCCACCCAGAGAAAUAGUAUUCGACAACUCAAUCAUUGCUAAUGACCCACACCCUUACGAUCUACCACGUGUAGCAACCCCACCACGUACUUUAACCCUUGACAAAUAUCCGUUCCCAGGAGUGGAUGAAUACGAAGACCAAGACGUCGAAGACCACCUACCUGUAGUAAAAGCCACCCCCAAAGUUCGUAUGAACGACGUAAGCUUUCAAUUAGGAAAUUCUUUUAAUGAAUCGAACCAAAUAUAUGCUGGUGCCGGAGAGGGACUGACGCCCGCCGAAGAAGUGAUGCAUUUACGACGACAGAUGGCGAAGUUGAAUAGGAGGAUUAUGGCGUUAGAAUUGGAGAAUAUGAAUAGAUUACAAAAAGAAAAAAUAGUCGUUGGUUUCGGUAUCGCCUAUUUCCUUUUGAAAGUUAUAAUUUGGAUGAAUAGGGAUUAAUGUUUUGAAUUUGUGUUAUAGAAUAGUCUGGGAGGUCAAAGUAGUCCAAAAAUUGGUCAGAUCAAUAAGUAUUAAUGACGGUUUAAAAACUAAGUCAAAACAAGUGCUGUAUUUUUCAUAUCUACGAAGUUAAUCUGUUGUAUUAUUUUUUGAGGAUUUCUUGUGAUAGUGCAUUCAUUGCAUUUAUUUAAAAUAUGGAAAACAAGGUUCACAUUAUCCACCAAGUUAGGUAUCAAUCGAUAUUUAGGUUCCUCUUUUUUAUAAAGAAACGCUGGAUCGACAAUACUUCGCGUAAAAAACAGAUUUUAAAGUUGUCUUUGUUUGUUGUGUGCAAAAAUACAUUAAUAUGUUGUUUAACUAUUUAAGAUCUUCAUUUAUUAGAUGCAAAUAUGGUAUGAUACAAAUACAAGUAUUAAGGUACGGUUUCCUUGCGACAGCCAUUGCUGUAGUCGCAGCCGCAAUAUAGUGUUUUAUUAUAUGCAUUUCUAAUUUUAUGCGAUUUGGAUUAGGUUAAAAGAUCUUGUUGUAUGAUGUUCAUGGUUUAAGUCGUUUAGUUGACUGAUACCGACAAAAUGAAUAACAGUAACUUUUUAAGUAUAAUUCUCUUAGAAGAAGAGGAAGAAAAAGAAUGGCUACAACUGGGAUUAUUAGAAAAGGAACGAUGUCAGGAACUCGAUAUAUUUAUUUUCCAACUGAACAUGCUAUCCAACUAUAUCAGGCAUUCUGAUUGAUUAUAAUCGUAAUUAAAAAUCGAGAGAUAGUUCUGAACUUCUUCCACCAAUAUCUCAUCCUCACUUGCAUUGGAUUUUGUCAUUUUUAUUGAACGACUGCAGUUUGACUGGUUCACCUUGCAAUCGAGUCGCAACUUCUGUGGAUCGAUCCUACUGUUUUAAAACUGUAGUCCCAGUCACUAUUGCGACUCAAUCGCAGUCGCUAUUGCGACUCAAUCGCAGUUGCGAGCCGCACCAAUGAAGCCGUACCUUUACAAAGUAUUAAAACUAGACACCGGUGGAUAAUUAAACAAGUUAUUCUGGUUUUGAAUCAGGGAAAAACAGGUAGGAAAGCUUGGUGCUUUCUCUCCUGGCUAUGGCAAAAGCGAUCUCUCGCGGUGAAGUCUGUUGGUAAAAACCGUAGGGUCGGCUAAAGGUCGAUCACAAUAAUGCCUACAAAUCGUAAUUGUUCUAUAAUGAAUUUUUGGAAUGUCGUUUGUUUAGAAGGGAGCUCAUAUUGAUUGUGGAGCUCUAAAUUUAUUGCCGAUAGCAUAGGCUUCGUCUUCCUUGAAGCACGUUCUCUGAGCACAGUCCACUGUUUUGACUGUUUCUUUUGAUUCAUCAACGGUCACGAAACGAAGCAGAAACCUCUUCGAAUUGCGCAUCAAACACUGCUCUGAAGUGGUCUCAUAGUUGCGUUUGUUGUCCGGAGUGAGCAAACGCAGCACCUUCGUGCCGACAGCUUUCUUAUUACCCACGUAGUCUUUUGAGAUGCAUACUGACUCAGCUGUCACGCGCAGCUUCGAUCGGUGGUCUACCAAUACGAGAUAAUGAAUUUUUGUCACGUUAUAUAUAUCACCCAUAUUGUUCUUUUCCCAUUUUUCUAAAAUUCUUGACCAUAGUCGCUUCCUUAAUCGGUCAAAACAAAAAUCCUAGUCCGAUCCGAGGCUAAGUACUUAACGGUUCGCCGCUGUAUUCUACUAAAAGUUGUAACAUAUUACGCUUUAACUACGAGAUUGGUAGUACUGUCAUUUAUAUCAGUUAGAAUUUUGGCGCCACGAUUCAAAUAUAAGAUAAGACACAAGGAAGCGGCCACUCUCUGAUAUCAAGCAACCGAAUUUCGUCCUUUAGCCAUAUAUUUCGUGAUAUUCGUCUAAGUAGCCGGUGUGCGCUUUAUAGGCUCCCCUUGACUAUGGCUUUAGUUGCGGUUUAUGACGAGAUGGGCUAACGAAAGAUAAGCAAAGUACUCUAGUUUCACGGAUCCCUGCGCAUGCCAGAAAAAUAUGGAGUCUGCCGAUGAGUGAGCAGUACGGUAGGAGAUGCGGAUUUACUGUUUCAGUUUCGAGACGCUGAAAAAACGGAAUAUAUACUUGUAGACGAGCUACUGAAGUCAAAUAUAGUUUGAAAUAUUCGUACUAGAAUGUGUGGUAAAGCUAGGAAUUAAACACUUGCCAACAACUAUCAGUUUGUAUCUAGUUAUAACCCGGAUAUGAGUUCUGAUAUUGGUAUGAUUAGAUCUAAGUAUAUAAAAUUUUUAUAUAUGUGACAGAUAUUUAAAUUUAAAAAAUACCUUAAAAAGUAAGCAGGAAGUUUGAUAAUUUGACGUUUUGAACAUUUUAAUUUGAAAACUGACUAAUACUAUUAUCUGUCUCGACUUUUGUAAUCUUAUCACGAAAAAGUAAGGAUUGCUUUGGACCUCCUGUAGUCUAAUGUAUAUCUUAAAAAAUAUUUUAUUAAUAAUAAUUGGUAUUACCAUCAUAUUAUAUUGACUAAAGACAAAUGACUGUACUUUUAAUUUAUUUUUCUUGGUUAUAGUUGUAAACGAUUGAAUUUUUAAGUAACAUUUAUUCACUGGUUAUUUACAUUUGUAUUCUGUAAAUUCAAUCUAUUUUUUUCAAUAAAUUGUUAUCUU